AUGAGGACGGCUCUGUCUGAGGCAGAGCUGGAGCCCAGCUCUGUUUCGGCCGUCGAGACGCAUGGGACCGGGACAGCCUUGGGAGAUCCUAUCGAGGUGGGAGCCUUUCGAAAUACCCUUCGUGAAGGCCGUGCACAUGAUGUUGAGCUGACCCUUUGCGCAGUGAAGACGAAUAUUGGCCACUUGGAGGCAGCUGCGGGACUGGCAGGAUUGAUGAAGAUCAUAUCUGCGCUGCCCCUUCGGAUGGCGGCGCCGAAUCUUCACUUCCAGAGCCUGAAUCCUCACUGCGACCUGGAGGAUUUCCCAACCGUUAUUCCAGUGGAGCUUUCUGAAUUGGCCACUGUGGCAAGCCAUGUGUCCUCCGGCCUCUCUUCCUUUGGCUUCGGCGGCACGAAUGCACAUGUGGUGCUGGAAGACAGUGCAGAAAGACCUUCUGUGCUGGUGGAAGCUCCUAUUUUUAAGCGCCAGUCCUUCGCAUGGCAGGCUCAGCGCCAUGCGCUGCUCACAAAGACGAUGCGCACAGCUGAGGGACUCCAGGUCUUCUUACGACCCUUUUCGGGCAAACUGCUGGAGCUUGUUAGCCACCACAUCAUUUUUGGAGAGAUUGUCGUGCCGGGCGCAACCUACAUCGAAAUGGCGCUCGGCGUCGGGGUAGUUCACUUCGGCGGUCGGGACAAGCAGUGGAACAUCCGCAAGGCAAGCUUGGGCUGUGUUUUAGCCCGCACCAACGUACAUUCUGGAAGCCUCGCAGGGGUGUUUCACAUCACCGCUCGUCCUGAAGCAGUUGGACACAGGCGAGCUGACCCGAGACGUGAGCUUGCAGCUUGGCUUAAUCGCCCUUGA